AAUCAUAUUGCGAAAGUUUAAACCCUAUACGGAAAACUAAAAACCCUCGUCACCGGUUUGUCCAUCAGCCGCCCGCCACACCAACUUCGCACCGUGACUCUGUGCCUGGCAUUUGGUCCUUCACCAGAAAACUUCCAAUGGAUGCUUUUAUCGCCACUGCAGAGAAAAAGGUCCUUGUGGAAAUUGUGAAGUUGUCCCAAAAGCGGGGAAUGAAGGGUAAUAAAGGAGACUGGAAGCAGUUCUUAAAUAUUUAUGAUAAGAAGUUUGGGGCUAGCUUGAGUGAUCCCGGAAAGAGGUCAAACGAUGUAUUGACUGCGUAUUUAAAGACAUUUGAUAAAGAGGAUGACUUGAAGGUUUUGGCUAAAGUUGUCCAAUGCCAUUCAAAUCGCCAAGCAGUUGAUCAAUUGUUAAAGACUUUUCCAGAAAAUGAAUCCCCAGAGCAGAGUCUUGUCCGUUCAACUCUCGAACACCCACAAUAUCCAUUGGAUUAUUCAUUCCCUUCACAUGAACAGGACUGGGUAGUUUCAAAGCGCGGUAACAAGUCCAAGGCGACGAUUUCAAAUGGAAUGGUUGCUGUUGAUUGUGAGAUGGUUCUAUGUGAAGGUGGCUCUGAAGCUCUAGUUAAAGUGUGUGUUGUUGAUGAAAAUUUACAGGUCAAGCUAGAUGAACUAGUAAACCCUCGUAAAAAAGUUGCUGAUUACAGAACUGAGAUUACAGGAGUUUCUGCAUCAGAUUUGGAUAGAGUUACAUGUACAUUGGCUGAUAUACAGAAACGCUUGAAGAAGUUGUUAUCAGUUGAAACUAUUUUAGUGGGACACAGUUUGUGUAAUGACCUGCAAGCGUUGAAGAUAGACCAUGCAAGGGUGAUUGAUACUGCAUAUAUCUUUAAAUAUUUGGAUGGGCCUAUUUUUAGAAAACCUUCCUUGAAUAAUUUGUGCAAGUCUGUAUUGGGUUAUGAAGUCCGGAAGCCAGGUUCUCCACACAAUUGUCUAGAUGAUGCUUGUGCUGCAAUGAAACUUGUUCUUGCUAAGAUAAAGCGUGAAAUUAGCGAUAUUAUUCCCCCAGUUCAGGAGGAUGUACGUGAAGUUAAUAUGGCAAAGCUACUUCUCCACAGGAUACCAAUCACAGUGCCUAGUGAAGAAUUGCACAAUGCCAUUCCUGGGAACUAUACAAUAGAAGUCAAGCAACCAUCUGUUAAAGCUCAAGGAGAUAAAUAUUCUGCCUUUGCUAUCUUUAAGAAUCCACAAGAAGCAGAUCAAGCAUAUGAAAAAGUCCAAGGCAACAAGGAAAAGGACUCAUCUGGGCGGCCACAGAAGCUUAUUUCAUUAAAGCUCAGCAAGGGUGUAUUUACUGAUUUAUACGUUCGUAAAAUGGCACAAGAUGAUUCCUGUGCCCAAGUCUCUUCUAAGAGAGCUUUAGAAGUUGAAGAGAACUCAGGUGUACAUAAGAAACAAAAGACAGAUCAGAAUAUAGAAGAGGAGAUGGUGGCAGACUUAAGUCAGUGCUGCGACCACCUUAAAGAGAUAGAAAGAUUGAAGCAAGAACAAGAAAAGGUGUCAGAGCAGUGUUGUGAUCAUUUAAAAGAGAUUGAAGGAUUGAAGCAGCAACUUAAAAAUAAGGAAUUUGAAAUCUCGACACUGAAUAAGAUUGUUUCCAAAUACCAAGGGGGAAAGAAAAAAGGGAAGUAGACUUUUAAGUGUGGCCCGGAAUUAUUCUAAAAUUAUCCGCUGCUUUGGAAGGCAUGACAUUGCAAAUUUUUUGGCGAGCUUGUAACUCUUUAAGUGUGAUGGGCAGAUGCCAUCCAGCCACAAAAAGAACAGUUUGAAGGUCUUUUUCUGCAUUAUGGUUCCCUGUCUGACGUUCAUUGAAAAGUAUGCCAGUUUUAUGUUGGCAGCUUCAUCUGACUAAGGGAAUUUUUUCCAUGAUGCAGAAUGUUUUUUUUUUGGGGGGAAUGUAACUGGUUUAUGUAA